ACCUGGCCAGCAUUGGCCAGAAGGAAGACUUUGAGGAAGCCAGGAAGAAGGCACUGAAGCUUGGGGCCAAAAAGGUUUUCAUUGAGGAUGUCAGCAGGGGGUUUGUGGAGAAGUUCAUCUGGCCAGCCAUCCAGUCCAGUGCACUGUAUGACUGCUACCUCCUGGGCACCUCUCUCACCAGGCCCUGCAUUCCCUGAAAACAAGUGGAAAUCGCCCAGCGGGAGGGGACCAAGUAUGUGUCCCAUCUUGGUCACUCUCAAGAACCUGUGGAGCAUGGACGAGAACCUCAUGCACAUCAGCUACGAGGCUGCAAUCUUGGAGAACCCCAAGAACCAAGCGCCUGCAGUUCUCUACAUGAAGACCCAGGAGGUGGCCAAAGCCCCUAACACUCCUGACAUUCUCGAGAUCGAGUCCAAAAAAGGGGUCCCCGUGAAGAAGGUGACCAACAUCAAGGAUCGCAUCACCCACCAGACCUCCUUGGAGCUCUUUAUGUACCUGAACGAAGUCGCGGGCAAGCACGGUGUGGGCCGUAUUGACAUCGUGGAGAACCACUUCACUGGAAUGAAGUCCCAAGUUAUCUACCAUAUUCCAGCAGGCACCAUCUAUUACCACACUCAUUUAGACAUCCGGGCCUUCACCAUGGACCGGGAAGUGUGCAAAAUCAAACAAGACCUGGGAUUGAAAUUUGCUGAACUGGUGCACAACAGUUUCCGGCAUGGCCUUAAGUGGGAAUUUGUCCACCAUUGCUUCGCCAAGUCCCAGGAGCGAGUGAAAGGGAAAGUGCAGCUGUCUGUCUUCAAGGGCCAGGUGUACAUCCUCCGGUGGGAGUCCCCACUGCCUCUCUACAACCAGGAGCUGAUGAGCAUGAACACGCAGGGCGACUAG